AUGACACUUAGAGCAUGGUUAAAAACGGGUACAGUUGAGACUCGGGCUCCAUCGUUACCUGGGUUGCCGAACCCAUCAGAGGCAACCACAGAGCAAGAGGCUGUUACAACGCAGGAAGCAAAUAACGCCGUCGAGAAGGUCCAGGGCAGACGGAAAAAGGAGUACAGCAGCUACGACGAAGAGACCCGCGCCAAGAUCGCCCGUAACGCCGUAGACAAUGGGGUGGCCAAGGCAGCGCGGCGCUUCACUUCCGACCUUAACCGGAAGGUCAGCGAGACAACCGUUCGCAGCAUGCGUGACCGUUAUGUCAAGCUGAAGACGACCUGGGAGAAGAACCGACCGUCCAUGCGCACUCACCACGGGGCGCCCCCACCUUGUUGGGACUGUAUGACGAGACGGUCCAGAGCUACAUCCACCGCGUGCGCGUUAGCGGUGGCGUCGUCAACAUCCGGACGGUCAGGGCAGCAGCCGAGGGCAUCAUGA